AUGUCAACAGGAAAAUUGACCUCAUAUAUUGAUUCAAUUGAAUUAUAUACAGAAAAACCGGUUUUAUUUCACGGAUAUGUUUGGCCUUUCGUUGCAUUUUAUGGAAUAUGGUUUGGCUACUGGUCACAAACUCUCGGCGUUACCGAAUACUUGGAGUUAGGAUUAAUAGGAGUUGCAGUUAUUGCAGUUCUUCAAGUACUAACGGCAUUAUUUUGCUAUUGGUUUGUGUCAGUUCGAUGCCUUCUCAUGUUUAGAAAGGAAAAACACAUAUCUCGAGCCAGUUAUGCCAAAGUUUCUCCUCCCGCAAAUUCUGGAUAUACGUCCAUUGUUCCUAUUAUUCAUAAAAAGAGCCUUGCUUCUCAGGAGGUGGUGCAUUAUUUCUAUUUUCAACGGCUAAAGUACACCUUUGAUUCUGAUGACAAAGACAGUGUACACGCUGUUAGAUUCCCCCUAUCUUGGAAGCUUAAGGAGUACAUGGAUUGGCGCGGCUAUUCUAAUGAGGACGAUGUCAAGAUAGCAAAAGAAACUUAUGGAGAUAAUCAUCUGCGUCUCACCGUACCUCCAUUCAGAGAACUCUUUUUAGAACGUGCUACGGCUCCCUUCUUCGUUUUCCAAGUUUUCAGCGUCUUCCUUUGGUGUUUGGAUGAAUAUUGGCUCUACCCAAUAAUGACAUUAGGUCUUCUUAUCCUCUUUGAAAGCGGGCUGGUUAUGCAACAGCUUAAGAACUUGCGGGAAAUUCGAUCUAUGAGUGCCCAACCCUACAAAGUUAACGUCUAUCGUAAUAAGAAGUGGAUGCUUCUUUCGAGUGAGGAGAUUGUGGCUGGCGAUAUUGUGUCGGUGACACAGUCAGUUCAUGAGAAACUAAUUCCAUGCGAUUUACUGCUUCUUCGAGGUACUUGCAUUGUCGAUGAAUCUAUGCUUACUGGUGAAUCAAUUCCUGUUACUAAGGAGCCCGUGGAAGGUCUCACCAAUUUGAAGCCUAUAACUUUCAGUGAAGAUGACAAAAUGCACGUCCUCUUCGGAGGCACGAAAAUUGUCCAAAUGACACCACCAACCAAGCAAAGUGGUAUUCCUAAAGCUCCUGAUGGCGGGUGCCCCUGCUUUGUGCUGCGUACUGGACUGAGCACUUGCCAGGGUCGUCUACUCAAAACUAUCAUGUUUUCUGUGAAGGCUGUCACUGCUAAUAAUCUCGAGACAUUAGCUUUCAUUGGUUUCCUCCUGAUAUUUGCUCUGGCUGCUUCUGCUUAUGUCUGGAUUGUUGGCACUGCUGAUCCUCGUAGAAACCGUUACAAGCUUUUCCUUGAGUGCACACUGAUUAUCACCUCAGUGAUUCCGCAGGAAUUGCCCAUUGAGCUCUCCUUGGCUGUCAAUACCUCGCUUGCCUCCUUGUCUAAAAUGUUUAUCUACUGCACUGAGCCAUUUCGUAUUCCUUUGGCCGGUCGAGUGGAUAUUUGCUGUUUCGAUAAGACUGGUACACUUACCGAAGACGAGGUUGUCGUGGAAGGCGUUACUGGCUUAAACGGUGAAUUGGCUGAGCGAAUUGUCCCUGUUCGGAAGUGCCCUCUACCUACUGUUCAGGUCCUAGCUUCUGCUCACGCUCUCGUUCACUCCGACAGCGGACUUCUUGGUGAUCCUCUGGAGAAGGCUAUGCUAAAGGCAGUUGGUUGGAAUCUUAAUGCUGAAGGAGUAGUAUUUGGCAAAUCUGUCCCCCGUUCACCUCCACUUCGCAUCUAUCAACGAUUCCGAUUCACCAGUCAACUGAGACGCAUGUCUACAGUGGUUGGCUAUCAAGGCACUACCGAUGUGGAUUUGAGUUACAUGGUUUGUGUCAAGGGUUCUCCUGAGGUCCUCAAAUCAAUGUUUAUUGAUGCACCACUGGACUAUGACGACGCCUAUCUACAAAUGGCCCGCAGAGGAGCUCGUGUACUUGCUCUGGGUUAUAAAGAGCUUGGUCGACUUAGUCAUCAAGAAGUUCGUGAGCUGAAACGUGAGAAUUGCGAGUAUGAUCUCAAAUUCGCAGGUUUUGUGGUGAUCUCCUGUCCAUUGAAACCGGAUUCACUGCAAGUCAUCCAAAUGCUCAAGAAUUCUUCGCAUCACAUCACUAUGGUAACGGGUGAUAAUCCGCUCACUGCGUGUCAUGUGAGUGAUCUUUUAGGAAUCACACGGAAGGAUACUCCUGUAUUAGUCUUCACACCGCCGAAUGAAUUAGAUGAGAAAUGGCAUUGGCAAUCCGUUGACGAUAAAAUCUUGGUCCCACUUGGAAAUGAGUCUUCUACCCUCGAGCUAGCUCGAAAACACGAGCUCUGUCUCACCGGGGAUGGAAUUGAGGAGUUGCGUCGCCAAAAUCCUGCCGGUGAAUGCCGUGGUCUCCUCGCUUACAUCUUACCCAAAACCAAAGUCCUUUCUCGUGUUGCGCCUUCUCAAAAGGAGUUUGUACUCGCAAGUCUUCGUGGACUGGGAUAUACUACCCUCAUGUGUGGCGAUGGUACUAAUGAUGUCGGUGCUUUAAAACAGGCUCACGUUGUUAAAAGCAGUAGCGUCGAAAUUGUGUCUCUAGUCUUGAAAACCAUUGUGGGGAGUGUGAAGCAAGCAGACUCUGAUCAUUUGCACCGCGUCGCUCUCUUGAAUCAAGCUCCACUUGUCCUCUCUCCCCAGAACGGAAUGAAGUUAACACAGCCAGCUGCAAAACCCACGGCUCCUCAAUUGCCACCGCCGGGAAGACGAGGUAAUCAGCUGUCGGAUUCAAGGAAAGCCUGGGAAGAACUCGCAGCUUCUGGUGAAGAUGAGGCAGCUGUAGUCCGAUUGGGAGAUGCCAGUAUAGCUGCUCCAUUCACUGCCAAGAUGUCAUCAGCCAUUGGGGUGUGCCACAUUAUUCGUCAGGGGAGAAGUACACUAGUGACUACUCUGCAAAUGUUCAAGAUCCUCGCUAUUAACUGCCUCAUCUCCGCGUACUCCCUCUCUGUCCUCUUCCUCAAAGGAUUCAAAAUAUCUGAUGGCCAGGCUACCAUCCAGGCACUCCUAAUGACAGGUUGCUUCCUCUUCAUAUCACGUUCUCAACCACUGGAGAGGUUGUCGAAGCAGCGACCCUUGCCCAAUGUCUUCAAUCUCUACACACUUCUUACAGUUGGAGGUCAAUUUGCCGUGCACUUUGCAGCUCUUUAUGGACUCAUGAAUGCAGCAGAGGCUCAGAUGCCACCAAUCCCUGGAGAUGAGUUGAUUGAUAUCCAUGCGGAGUUCGAACCUACAGUAUUUAAUACGGCGGUAUAUCUCAUCUCAACAGCAUUGCAAAUUUCCACAAUUGCUGUCAACUACGAGGGUCAUCCAUUUAGAGAAUCGCUGUUGGAGAACCGUCCGCUCUUCAAUAGCCUGAUAUUUGCUACUGUGGGAACCGUUGCCUUGGCCUUCGGUUUUCUCAAUGACAGCCUUGAAUUGGUUCUCAUGGAUUAUCAACUUCGCCUGACCUUCUUCCAAGCCAUGAUUUUCGACUUUGUUGCGGCAUGGUCAGUGGAUCGUUUGCUCUUCCUCUUACUUGGACGUGUUCGUGUUAAGAAGCUGUGA